AUGGAAUGGUUAUCGGCCCUCACGUACGGCCCGGCAUUUGUGUUCAGUGUGUUCAGUGCAUUGUUCACCUAUCUACUGGGUCUGGUCCGGUUCCUGGCCAUACCUUUCCUCUACGUGGGCCAUGGCCUCCUCCACCUGGCUUUCCUCCCCGUGCGGGUCCUGGCCAGGUUCGAGGUCUUCCUUUUUUUUGUGGCGGGCGCCGUGUUGACCGGGACGACGAUUGGCUUGCUUGUAUAUUGGACGGGAGCCUCCCUAUCGCAUGUUCUGCGCAUCUCCGAGGAUUCUAGUCCGCCGCCAGACGACGUAGAGCCCGAAGAGCCGCCAUUCGACUACCUAGCCGAGUGGAAGGCCAUGGGUGAUCGCCAAUUGCUCUCGACGGCGAUCGUGGAAGAGGAAGAGUCCAGCCAGGACAGUACAUAA